AUCUGCUUUUGUGAUACCUGAAUUUCAGGUAAUUGUAUUGUUUGAAACAUUGCUUCAUUUGACUCAAGGAUUCGAUUCUCUGUAUUAUGAGGGUUUGUUUAAUUGAUUUGGUGAACCCUGUGGUUUCUGUGGGCAGUCAAAGGCAAGCUACCGUCCUGACCACAUUAAAACUGGGAACCGCUGUUACGGCUCUCCAUCUAACCUCUUCUCUGGGCCCUCACUACAACACUGGCGACGAGGAUAAACGGUCUGUUCUACCAUGCCCGUCUACGGUCAACUUGAGAAAUUCCAUAAGGACUAGGACUGGGCCCAGUAUAUUGCUGUUCUAAAGAAUUAUUUCGGAGCUAAUGCCAUUACUGACGGUGAGAAACAACGGCAAAUUCUUUUGUUUUCGGUCGGUCUGGAAACCUACGGCCUCAUCUGUACGCUGGUUGCACCCUCAGCCCCAGAAGAUAAGUCGUUUGACGAGUUGGUUGGCUUAGUCCAGAACCAUGUGAAGCCACCACCUAGUAAAAUUGUCUACAGAUUCAAGUUCUACACUCUUGCCCGGAAGGAGGGGGAAUCUAUUUCCUCUUUUGUUGAGGCUACGACAAGUCGCCCAAGAUUAAGGUUACAGACUUAAGUGAACAUUUGCGAGACCGCUUCAACGUUGCGAUCGGCAAUGACAAGAUUCAGACAAGGCUGCUAUCUCUCUCUGACGGUGAGAGUUUCGCCAAGGCCUUGCAAGAGGCUUUGGCCUUGGAAAGUACUCAGAACAAUGCUGAAAACAUUCAGGCGGCCGCGGUUUCCACUUCAGUCUGCUGCUUCGGCUGUUUGUGCGGUUCGUGAAGUGUCUUCCAUCCAAGCGGGUCAGUGUUUUGGCUGUGGUGGUAACCAUCUACGACGCUACUGCAAAUUCAAGGAUGCUUUGUGCCAUUCUUGCAACCGUAAGGGCCACCUUAGCAAAGUUUGCGGUGCCCCAUUCCGCCGUCAACGUCUGAGACGUCCCCAGCCUGCGGCAGACAAUCUGGGUAAGAAAACGGACCGUCCGACUCAUCUAGUGGAGCACGAGGGCCAGGGUGUUUCCUCUGACGAUAGUGAAUUGGAGUGUUCCACGAUUUAUGUGGGGACCUUAAAAAGCGCUCCUAUUGAAGUGCCUAUUCAUGUUCACUCGCGGGAAGUCAGGAUGCAGGUAGAUACUGGUGCUGCUAUUACGCUUAUCUCAAGAUCCACGUAUAAUAAUAAGUUUAGUGAUGUUUCCUUGGAAAAGUUUAAAGGUAGACUUACUACAUAUACAGGACAAGCUAUUAAAGUUCACGGUUGUGCUAACGUGGAUGUCACGUAUGGUGAUCAACACGUUCGCUCUUUACCUCUAGUGGUAGUUGAGCAGGAUGGCCCAUCGUUACUCAGGCGUAAUUGGUUGUCACACAUACGUUUGGAUUGGCCUCGGGUAUGUAAAGUGGUGCACCAUGAUGUGGACGAAAUACUCGCCAAGUAUCCUGAAGUGUUUGACUGCAGCCUUGGAGAAUAUAAUGGACCACCGGCCAAGUUUCUCAUUGGAGAUCCUGCAAAACCUCGAUUCUUCAAAGCAAGACCUCUCCCUUAUGCCAUAAAGUGCAGGAGGCCAUCGAGAAGAAUGUGAAGCUUGGUAUAUGGCAGCCUGUCGAGUACUGACUGGGCAGCAUCCCUGGUUCCCAUCAUGAAAGGGGGAUGGUUCUGUACGACUGUGUGGGGACUAUAAAGUCACCCUGAAUCAGGUAUGUAGAGUGGACCCUUAUCCGUUGCCUAGAAUAGGACAUUUUUGCAGAAUUAAGUGGAGGAAAGUCUUUUUCUAAAAUUGACCUGCACUCAGCUUAUUCUCAAAUCCCUGUGGAUAAAUACCAAAAAUACUUUACAGUGAAUACCCAUUUAGGACUCUUUAGGUAAAACGACUUCCCUUUGGAGUGAAUGCAGCUGUUGGAACGAUGAAGAACAUCUCUACAAUCUCGAGCAAGUUCUGAAGCGCCUUCAACAGGCAGGGCUGCAGGUGAAGAAAGGCAAGUGCUCGUUUCUACAGCCGUCCGUGGAGUGUAUGGGUCACCGAAUUGACGCUCACGGGCUUCAUCCCACUGACGAGAAGGUAAGGGCCGUAAAAGAGGCUCCCAACAAAGCAGAGCUCCGGUCUUUUCUAGGACUUUUGAAUUAUUAUGCUAAGUUUCUCUCUAACCUGUCUGAUCUUCUAUCACCGCUGUAUCAUCUGACAAAGAAGGGCGUUACCUGGAGGUGGGGAAAUGCAGAGCGGCGGGCUUUCCAGCGUGCAACUAACCUUCUCAGUACUUCACAGUGCUUGUACAUUAUAAUCCUGAGCUGCUUCUCUUGCUAGAAUGUGACGCCAGCUCGCGAGGUUUGGGUGUUGUACUUUCACAUAAAUUGCCUGAUGGUACAGAGAGGCCUGUGGCAUUUGCAUCACGCAGCCUUACUAAAGCUGAGGUUAACUAUUCCCAGAUUGACAGAGGGUUUGGCUCUAGUAUUUGGUGUCUCUAGAUUCCAUCAAUAUUUAUAUGGUAGAAAAUUUACCCUUGUGACUGACCACAAGCCCUUGACUUACCUGUUUGGCAGAGAUGCUACUACACCUACAAUGGCUUCUCCUCGUGUCCGGCGUUGGGCGCUUAUUUUAUCUGCUCACGACUAUAUUAAGUACAAAAAAAGUCGGACAAUUCAAAUGCAGACGCCUUCAGUCGCCUCCCUCUUCCUGACCUGCCAUAGUCUCCUACUUCACCAGCGGAGCUGGAUUUAGUAAUUGGACUACUAGAGUCUUUUGAAGUUGUGGAUGCUGCUGCCUUGCGGAGAGAGACUCGACGUGAACCAACUCUCUCACAGGUGCUGCGCUGGGUGGAAUGGGGCUGGCCCAGCAAAGAUCCCGGAGGUGUCUACGGAGCAUACUACAUCAGAAGAAAUGAAAUUUCUCAAGGAUGGCUGCCUAAUAUGGGGUGCACGUGUUGUCAUCCCUGAGAAAUUUAGAGACUGUUUUGGGCCUGCUUCACGAUACUCGCAUCGGUAUGUCAAGAAUGAAGGCGCUGGGCCGAAGUUGUGUGGUGGCCUGGAAUAGAUAAGGAUGUGGAAGCCACGGUUAAGUCAUGUAGGAAAUGUGAAGAACACAAAAAUGUAGGAAAUGUGAACACAAAAAUGCCCCUGAGGCUGCUGAACUACAUCCUUGGGAGUGGCCCACUAUUCCCUGGUCGAGGCUACACGUUGAUCAUGCUGGACCAUUUAUGGAUAACGGAACUGCCUUCACGAGUGAGCAAUUUAGCAAGUACUGCCAGAAAAUUGGCAUAAAGCACAUCAAGUCUGCCCCACGACACCCCUCUACCAACGGUUUAGCCGAGCGUGCAGUUCAGACCUUCGAAUCGAGUAUGAGGAAGAUGGAGGAGUUUGUACCGUGGAGUGUUCGAAUCAACCGUUUUCUCCAAGUAUCGAAAUACUCCUCAAAGCACCACUCGGCAGACACCUUCACAGCUCCUCAUGAACAGGGAGGUGCGUACUCGCCUUUCCAUGAUAAAAGGCGACCUGACCACCAGGGUUCUUCGAAAGCAGGCAACUCAGUGCGAGGUUCAUGACAAGCAUGCUAGAACUCAGAGUCUUCGUGGAAGGGGAUGAUGUGUAUACACAUUUUGGUGGACCCAAACUAGAAUGGGUUGCAGGAACAAUCUUGUCAAAAACAGGUCCGUUGUCCUACAUCGUCCAGCUUCACGACGGGCGAACAGUGAGAAGGUAUGUCGACCACAUUAGACUUCGACACCUCGAAGCUAUAGCGAAACCUAUUGAUGCUGAGUCUUUUCUUCCAGAC